AGCAGGGUUAACAACUAAUGCACUGACAUAAAGAGAGUGUACUGUUAAGAAGGAUCCAUAUAUUGGCAAGCGAAGUGUUGAGCUAUUCUCAGGAAAGGUUCUCUUUGAAAAUUUCCGGGGUAACGGGGCUUCUGAUCGCGACGAUACCCUUGAAGAAAAUACCUACCCAGUCUUACACUUUGGUGAUGAUUAUUCAAGAGAAUACGGGCCUUCAGUAACUUGGACUAUCACUACAAAAGUUCAGUCACCCUAACCUCAAAAACCCCACAUAGAAUCACCCGAAGCGGGGUAAAUACGCGCUUCCCCAAAAAACCAAAUAUAGCUUGCCUCAUCCCCAAGUCCGCACUGGUAGGACGCGAACGAUGGGAGAAGCGAACGAUGGGACUGCUGGCCACGCCCAUCGCAAGAUGGUUUCCCUCCCUACUAUUCUGGGAGGGCAGUCCUUUCGAUCCGAACAAGGACUCGUGUUGAAUCAAAAGGCGAUCCUCUCAGCACCGGAUAUUACCAGAGUGGAUUUUGUCAUUGCUGGACCUGGCAUCGGGACAACGAGAACUUCUUCGGUCUCUGAGACAGAUAGUCGACGGGAAGUCUCACAGACACAUGGCGGACAGCAUGGAUCCCGGAGCAACAACUCAUCCAGACGGCCCACAUUUCAGGGAAAAGCUGCAAUGGUCAACUCAGUCCAAAAGCGAAUGUCAGCUGUGGAUGUGAGCCAAUUAGGAAUAUUCAAAAGCAGUAGCGCUCGGUCCAGCGUCGUAUCCGAGGUUGCCGCCGCUCUUGCUGCGUCAAGUGAAUUUUCCGUUCCAAAUUCCGAGCGGCCCACCAUUCUUAUGUAUCCUCGUAAAGAGGUUCUAAUGACUUCGACCAGCUCUUUGACCAAAGGGUCUUCAAGACACGGAAGCGUCGCCUCCGUUAACACUAACAGGGUAGGAAGUAUGGGUAGGGUUGCUUCAUACAGCAACGUAAAGGGUGCAGCUGGCAUGCGCGCCGCUUCAACCAGCUUGAGGAGUGGAUUGUCAGUCAGCGCUAGUGUAGGAGCACUAGCAGCUAGCGCAAGCGCUCGAAGCUUGGCCAGUAAACGCGAAGCCCAAGACAAGAUAGGAUCGACUGGACGAGCAUUCCGACAUGCGUCAACAGGAUAUGUUUCCACUCCCUAUGGAUCCGCACCAGCUUCGGCAUCAAGUGGACUCGCCGCCGGCGGGUCAAAACGCUCGUCCCUUCGUCCACCAUCUGAAUCCGAUAUCCCCGAAGUCCCGGACGCUGAUAAAUAUCCUCAAGCUUUAGAGCAACCCUUGGAGGAUACACGAAUCCUCUCCACCGACGAAUCCCACCAUCAACCGCGUUCUCCUUCCCCAGGAAUAUUCGAAAGUCGACCCAUAUCUGUCGUUGGUGACAUUGACGAUAGCUAUCGGAAUAAUCCCGACUAUUAUGAAUACCUCAUGCUUUGUCAACGACACGCAAGCUCCAAUUUCAUACACAAGAUCGAUUCAUCGGAAGUAGUAUGGAAAAAUGAAGCGGCACAGGUGAAGAUGAUUGGGAGAUAUCUCCUUGGCGAUCAAAUUGGGAAAGGAUCGUUUGGAAAAGUCAAGGAAGGGCUAUGCUCCGAAACGCUUCAACGCGUUGCAGUCAAGAUUAUAAAUAAAAAGCGGUUGAGGAAGAUGCAGGGAGGUAUAGAGGGUGUUAUAAGAGAAAUCAAGCUCCUGCGUCGACUAAAGCACCGUAACACGAUAACUCUCAUCGACGUCUACUGCAAAGUAGAAGAUGAAGACAGCAACGUUGCAGUAUUCAACUGGUUUUCGACCAUUGAAGAAGAACCCAUUACCUGGCGCUUUGAGGAUGGAACCGCAGAUGAUCGUAGUGUGGAGAUUUUAAAGUGGUACCUGGUGUUUGAGUAUUGUCCUUGUUCGCUCCAGGUAUUGCUGGAGCAAUCCGACGGGAAUCGGUUGCCGGUUCCAAGGGCGCAUUGGUAUUUCGUACAACUUAUGGAAGGAUUGAGUUACCUUCAUUCUCAAGGAGUUAUACAUCGGGAUAUCAAACCAGGCAACAUGCUUAUCACACCCGACAACGUGCUGAAAAUAUCCGAUUUCGGGAUUGCCGAGCAAUUUUCGGGGUACGAUGGAUCACCAAUGAACGUAACGUCGUUUGCUGGGACCCAUCAGUUCCUUUCGCCUGAAAUUGCGGAAGGAGCUCUCUCGUUUUCUGGGGAAAAAGUGGACGUAUGGGCAUGUGGUAUCACACUAUACAACAUGCUAACAGGACGAUAUCCAUUUGAAUUCGACGAAGAUGGCAAUCUACUCGUACUAUACGAAAAGAUCAUGGCAGGGGAAUUUGACAUGCCAAGCGGGUUUGAUGACGAUCUAAAGGAUUUGCUUUAUGGCAUGCUUCGUAAAAACCCCGCACACCGCCUAACAACCGACCAAAUCCUCUCCCAUCCUUGGACACGCACCUUUUUUCACGAAUCCCUCAAACCCCCUCCACCCAUCCUAACUUACCCAACGCACGCAGAUCCCUCCACUCCCACCGAAUCAUCAAAAAGCACCCCAUCACCAACGAAAUCAAAGGACCAAAAGGAAAAGGAACAAGGGAACCAUCCUACCACGCAGUUUACGCCAUGCGAAACGACUUUAAUUCCGUAUUUGGAAGAAUUGUUUGCUGAUGAGAUUGAAGAGGAGUUGGAGCGGAUUGGAAAGGUGGAAGGAGGGAGUGAAACGAAUGUUGCCCAAUCGACAGCGUUCUCCGCAUGCCUUUCUUGGUGUUUCGCUUACGACGUUGAUCCCUCUGUGAUUGUUCCAGACGACGCAUCACCAAAUCCCCGCCAUCGUAAACGGAGACUAAAACAUUGGUUGAAACACAUGUUCAGGUCCAGAAAUGCUUUAUCCUCAUCAAAAAAAUCGAAUGAGGCUUUGAACACGCCGCCAAAUUCGCCGACUAAAGCCUCUGCUGCGUGAUUUUAUUUUGUGUAUUUUUUUAAUUGGGUUAUGUGAAUAUAGGAGUCGGCUUUUUGUUUUAGGGAUAUAUGAUCUUGUGUAUGAAAUUUGUGAAUGUGAUAUCGGG